UUCACCUUGCACGAUUAACUCUGUUCACAUUAGCGGACAGUCCAGCUUAACCGGCUUGUGGGUCAGUGCAGGACGCUGUGUACUGACGUAGCUGUAACUUGUCAGGCGACGAGUACUGACUGACUGUAUAAAUGAAACCCGGAAAUAUAAACGCGCCUCUGGGCAAUUGUCUUUGAGAGAGAGAGAGAGGAGAAAAAAAAAAGUCAGGAAGCGGGAGGUGUCUUCUCUACUUGCGGUGUAGCCAUCUCUUCAAAGUUCCACGCCUGUGACGCUUUGGGAGGCAGCAGAAAGUGAAGUCUCACGGCCGUCACAACACUUGUUGUUCGAUUUUUUUUGUGACCAAAACAUCUAAACAUGGCCUCUGGAGUUGCUGUUGAUGAUGAAGUGUUUCGUGUCUUUGAGGCCAUGAAGAUGAGGAAGGGAGAUGUCAAGAGGAGGAAGAAGAUGAUUUGCUUCUGUUUGAAUGAUGACAUGACAAAAAUAAUUGUGGAGAAAGAUGUGGAAAUUUUGAAUGAAGAUAUAGGAAAUAAAAUUAAGGAUCCAUAUACAGAGAGUGUGAAUAUGUUGCCCAACAAGGACUGUCGCUAUGUAGUGUUGGAUAUUUCCUACCACACUAAAGAAGGCAAUAGGGAGGACCUGGUGUUUAUGCUCUGGUCACCAGAAGCUGCUCCAGUCAAACAAAAAAUGUUGUAUGCUAGUUCAAAGGAUGCUCUCAGGAAGAAAUUUACAGGAAUUAGAUGUGAAUUGCAGGUGACCUCGAGGGACGAUGUGUUAGACCGUAGUUUUCUUGCAUGCAAACUCGGAGGCACCGUUCUAUCAAUUGAAGGGAUAGGGAUCCACUGAUAUGCAGGUUGCCAUCUGACUGGAAGCUUCCCAGUUUAAUGUGCUGCAUAGUACUUGUGGAUUCUGAUUUAACCUGCACCCAGAUGCUGUGGAUUUCAUUUUUAUUUUUGACGUUCCUUAUUGCAUUUGUUUUACAGCUCUUAAUUGUUGAUGAAAUUUGGAACUUGUCCAAUUAAAACUUCAUUAUGUAUACCAAAGCAACUAAAAUCUUUUGCAUCUGUAAUGUCCACCCUAAUUUGCCAUAGUAAUCUGAAUGCUUGCCCAGUCAGGGUAAAUUUUUUUUAAUCUGACUUCUAAAGGCAAUCUUUCAAUCAUCCAAUUUGUAAAAUUUAAGUCAAAAACCCCUUCAGAUUCUUAACUGCAGUUCUCAAAACUGCAAGCAGUAAUUUGACUCUGUACAUUCCAUAUUGCAUUCCACUAAACUUGGCUUACUUUGGAAUACUUGUAUUUAACGUUUAAAAUAUUUUGAACAUAGGUUUGUACAUUUUUGAAAUUGACUUUUUUUUUUUUUUAAAUGACUGAUUCAGGUUUCAAUUAAGUGCCGCCAAUUGGUAUUCAGGCUUGUUUUGUUCCACACCCUAUUGUGGAGUUGUGAAUGCAGUUUAUUUUCUGGAAGCAUCAGUGACAUUUGUCUUAAUAAAGAAAUUUUUCAUUGA